UUUUUGUAAGGUGUGUCUCCCGGAUGUUUUUCAGUAGGCUUGUGUCUCAGAGGAGAUCAGACGACUGAUCACACACCUUCAACAUGGAUUUCGACCUAACUGCAGCUUGUGAUAAAGAGGGAGGUGAUGUGAAGAAGGCUGAAGGCCAGCAGGUGGAAGGAAUAUUUGGAUUUGGAAAGAAAGAUAAAGAGAAGACUGAAGAUAAGAAGAGCAAAGACAAGGAGAAGGACAAGGAGAAGGACAAGGACAAGAGCAAAGACAAAGACAAAGGCAAGGACAAGGAGCACAAGAAGAGUAAAGACAAAGAGCACAAGAAGCACAAGGAGCAUAAAAAGCCCAAGGAGCACAAGAAAAAGGGCGGCCACUCAUCCUCUUCCUCCGGGAGCGAUGAUGAUUAGGUUGGAGAACUGGACUGAGGAGAUGAAAGAUGAUUUCCUCACUACGCACAUAUUUAAUGCCUUUCAAUAGAAGCUGCCUGUGCGUAUAUGUAGUUUAUUUUACAGUCAAAUGCAUACAGCUGAUCAUCAGCUUUUCAUAUCUGUUACUUGUGUCUGAUAUAGCCAGAAAAUGCAGAGAUAUCAAGAAAAUAAUUUUAUAAUCGCAUCAACUUACAGUUAAAAACUCACUAUCUAAUGACUGACAGUGUAGGUCUCAUCUUUUCCACCAGGGGGAGGCAGUUGGGUUUGAAAUGAUUCUGUUAAUAAUUUAAACCUAAUAAAAAACACUCACUAAGUAAUACAUACAGGUAACAAGAGGAACUCAUGUAACACAUUGGGAUUUUUCACAAUACUAUGCACAUUUUAAUGUACUAAGAUUUACAGACAGUGUGACAAUGAUGUUUGUUUUUAAUAAAUAAACUUGUAUUUCACUGAUAAA